GACGGGAUGAAGAAAGGUAAAGCAACAAACUCGACCAUAGAGAGUCUACCCAGAGAGAUAAUGGCUGACAUACUUUCAAGAGUAACCACACCAUCCUUAUUCAUCAUUAAGUUUGUAUGUCAAUCAUGGCGCAACUUAGCACAAGACCCACUUCUUGUUGAUCUCCAUUUUAGCCAUAAAAUUGAAAAUAACCCAUGUCUCAUCUUACACUCUGACCACCCCACAAAAAACCAGCUCUAUGCUUUAUGCUUGUAUCCUCACAACACCUCCCAAGAUGGGAUGGUCAUGAAAAUUCCUGUACCUGUGAAGCUUGAAUUUGAUGUUGUGGGUUCUUGUAAGGGUUGGCUAUGUUUAUAUGAUUCAUUACAUAAGAACACAUUCUAUAUGUACAAUCCUUUCACCAACUCAUGCAUGGAGUUGCCCAUCUCCAAUUUUCCUUCAGAUGUGUGGACAGUACUUGGAUUUGGUUUCGAUCCAUUCAGAAAGAAGUAUAAAGUGCUUAAGGUUUCGUACAUUCGAAGAACAAACAAUACAGCUGGUGAACGUUAUGGACUGAGUUUGCGGUCAGAAGUUCAAAUCCUAACAGUUGGAAGCCCUAGUUGGAGAAGUUUAGGAGAAACACCUUAUUAUCCAAUUCAUUCGCCAUCACAAGUUUAUGUUAACGGAAGACUUCAUUGGGUUAAUUGGCCAGUACGAUAUAGACCUGGUAGAAAACUCAUUUCUUUCGACUUGGAAGAUGAGAAAUUCCGAGAAGUACCACUACCUGGUUCUGAUGGCAUAAAAUGGGGUGACUACAUGUUGGUGGUUAUUAGAGAUUGUCUUUCUGCUGCUGUUUACAGGAAUUAUGGGUCAUUUGAGGUUUGGGUUAUGAAGGAUUAUGGCUUGAAGGAGUCUUGGAUAAAAGAAUUUAGCAUUGGUGUUUACUUGCCAAAAGGACUAGAACAAAAAAUUGAUCCUUCCUUCAGAGUUUCAAAAUUUUAUAGGAGGGCAUUUACACGAAUACUAUGUGUUCUGAAAAAUGGUGAGAUUUUGCUGGAGUAUGGGCGAAGAGCUCUGGUUUCUUAUGAGGCAAGAUUUGGAACAUUUAAGGAUAUUACAGUUCCAGGAAUGCCAAAUUGGUUUGAAGCUUUUGCUCAUUUGGGUAAUCUUGAUAUAUAA